AUGGGUAGCAUAGAUUGCAUGCACUGGGAAUGGAGGAACUGUCCGACGGCUUGGAAAGGGCAGUUCACUACCGGGUUCAAAUGCAAACACCCAACGAUGAUCCUGGAAGCUGUUGCUGACUACCGGUUGUGGAUCUGGCAUGCGUAUUUCGGUGUUGCAUGGUCUAACAAGGACAUCAACGUGUUGCAGUCGUCGCCUGUCUUCAAUGAGCAGUGCUGGGGCAAGGGUCUGCAAAUCAACUUCGUAGACAACGGCAGACAGUACAAUAGGGGGUACUAUUUGGCAGGUGGUAUAUACCCUCGGUGGCCCGUAUUUUUGAAGACGAUUAGACAUCCAGUUGGUCCGAAGAAAUCUUGGUUCGGUCAACGGCAAGAGGAUGCGAAAAAGGAUGUUGAACGAGCAUUUGGUGUGAUCCAAGCGCGAUGGGGCAUUAUACGGUGCCCGACACGAGUUUAG